AUUUAAACUUCACAGCAGAGUAGUCUCACUGUAUAUUGCCCUCGAGGGAGAAGAGAGAAAGAGCGACGAAGAAGAAGAAUGAGGGGAGAGAAGAAGAUAACUCUGGAGGAAUACGUUGAUUUCAUGAACUCUGGAAACUCCAUCGACUUCACCUGCUCCUACCUCAAUCAGAUCCUUCACAUCAAUGGUUUCCGAAAGCUUCACAAAUCCAAUAAGAAAACUGUAGGCGAAGCAGUAGACGCAGUGGAUCUGAUAGAUCUCUCACGCUCAACUCUGAAUCAAACCUCCGUCUCGUCGUCAUCAGCUUCCCUCACUCUCGAUCAAGUGAUCACCGACAUCGAAGCUCUCAAAUGGCAGGAGUGCUGCCUCACCUCUCUCCAGAUCGUCAACUCCGAUCAAGUCACUCGAUCAGUGGAAGCCAAUAUCCCCAAGCAGCGAUCGAACAAGAGGAAGAUCGGAAACCAAAAGAAGAAGAGGAAAAUGCGAAGAGCUUCAGAUCUAUGAACGAAAGCAGCAGCAGCAGCUAAUGAUACCUCCUACGGCGUAACCACUCUCUGAAAAUUUCUAAUUACAGUUUAUUAAUCUUCCUUAAUCUCACGUUUGCAACAGAUAUAUGCAUUAUACUAGAAAUCUUAUAUGACUAGUGAACAAUUUCAUAUAACGAGGAGUAUUAUAUGACUA